GUGACGUAGCAGGGAUGCGUUCAGGUUGAGUGACCGCGCGCGGACAGGACAUACAGGUUUUGAGGACAGACAGAUAAAUCGUGAGGUGUGCUGCUGAGUGGAGGCAGCAGGGGAGCCGUGUGUCCUGAGCGUCCUCUCAACAUGUUUAAACUUGUGUCCCGCCUCAGUGGCCGCCGGGCAGCUGUAACAGGACAGUUCUGCUGUCGGCCCGGUUCGUCCCAACUCCACUUGGCAAGUGGUGCAUCAUGUCAGAAAUCCGCCCUGGACUACAGCUCCGCAGACAUCCCCGACAUGCCCUCGUGCAAUUUCAAACCGGAGGAAUACAAGGGUAUGUCCAAGGAGCGGAUGAUGGAGAUCCGCAGGCAGUACUGCAACCCGAUGACCAUGAAAGUCACUUACUAUAAGAAACCAGUGUUCAUCCACCAGGGACACAUGCAGUGGCUGUGGGAUGUGGACGGGAGGCGAUAUCUGGAUCUGUUUGCCGGCGUGGCGACCGUCAGCGUGGGCCACUGCCACCCGAAAGUUACAGCAGCUGCAGAGCAUCAGUUGAAAAGACUGUGGCAUACCACAAGCAUCUACGUCUAUCCGCCUCUCCAUGAGUAUUGUGAGAAACUAGCUUCCUACUUCCCAGAUCCUCUGAAGGUGAUAUAUCUGACCAACAGCGGCUCAGAAGCUAACGACCUGGCCAUGUUGAUGGCUCGACUUCACACAGGCAACUUUGACAUCCUCACUUUCAGAGGAUCAUACCACGGUGGCAGUCCACAGACCAUGGGUCUUACUUCCAACGCAGCAUACAAAUACCCCAUUGCCAAUGGUUUAGGCUGCACAAAUACCAUGUGUCCUGAUGUGUUCAGAGGCCCGUGGGGAGGAAGCCACUGCAGGGACUCUCCUGUGCAGACCAUCAGAGACUGUGGCUGUGCCCAAGGUCAUUGCAUGGCAAACGAGCAAUACAUUGGACAGCUCAAAGAGACAUUUGCUACGAGCGUUCCAAGUCGAAUUGCAGCUUUCUUUGGAGAACCGAUUCAGGGAGUCGGAGGAGCCGUCCAGUACCCUAGAAAUUACCUCAAGGAGGCGUACAAACUUGUAAGAGAGAGAGGAGGGGUCUGCAUCGCUGAUGAGGUCCAGACUGGAUUUGGCCGAACAGGAACCCACUUCUGGGGUUUCCAAGGUCAUGAUGUCAUUCCUGAUAUGGUCACAAUGGCGAAGGGCAUCGGCAACGGAUUCCCAAUGGGAGCUGUUGUUACAACACCAGAAAUCGCUGCUUCAUUUGCAAAGGGGGUUCACUUCAACACCUUCGGAGGAAAUCCCGUGGCGUGUGCGAUUGCUUCGUCAGUGCUUGAUACAAUCAAAGAGGACGGCGCACAGCAGAUCAGUCUGGACGUGGGCACCUAUCUGAUGACAGAGCUGGCAAAAUUCAGAGACAAGUACGAGAUCAUCGGUGACGUCCGUGGAAAAGGCCUGCAGAUCGGUGUGGAAAUGGUCAAAGACAAGGUCAGCAGGGACCCGCUGCCUGCCGAGGCAAUGAGUGAGAUCUUCGAGGACGUCAAGGACAUGGGAGUCCUGAUAGGCAAGGGAGGAGUCUACGGACAGACCUUCCGCAUCAAACCCCCCAUGUGCAUCACGAGGGAAGAUGCGGAUUUCUUCCUGGCAGUUUUUAACAAGUCCAUCCAAAACUACAUGGACAGAAGAUGAAAGUCAAAUAAAAAGGUCAGCUGGAUCGCUCAACGCCAAGGACCAAACCUGGGAACCGGCUCAGCGCUGGAUUGCAUUUUUAAAAAAUGUUUAAAAUGUCAGUAUUCGUCACUGUGACCUUUUUAGCCUUGCAUAGCAACUGUAAGGGGAAACUGCGUUAAAAUGUUUAGAUUAGAAGACCUAACAUACCUCACAAAGAAAAGAUAUUGCACAGUGCCUUUGUAACGAAUGACGUUCAUUUGGCUCUUUUGGACCUUCUGACUCGAGCUUGGAUGUAACGUUUAAUGAUUGUUUUACAAUUUGUAAUUUUCCGAUAAUGUUCCUUACUGAUUAUAGAUGUGUAUGCAAUAAUAAUGAAUCUGUGAGUUUAAGGACCAAACAUUUGUACUUCUUCUAAGUGCUGUAUCGUAGACAACUGGACUCAUCCGAGAGGCUUCUUCAGUUCCAAUUAACUGGAGGGGAGUUGCAACAUCUGUACUAUUACACAUUGGUCACACUUCUGCCUGCAGGCGCAUAUAUUGUAGUCUUUCCUGUGGUUUUAAUUAUCUUUUUAAUCCUGCAGUCUUCCAACAAGAGGCUGUUCAGGUUCGGUAUUACCAUCCGUCCCGAGUGAUCUGAGCACAAGUGGAUCAGCUUUAAGCCCAUCAGUUCACACCUUUAUUAACAUGUGUCUCGAGUGACCGCUUGUAAUCAGAUGUCACUUCCUUGCUCUACAUGCAAAUCCACACCUACAUAAGUGGAACAAACUGAUACAACAUUUGUUUUAAACAAAGUAAGAAAGAUGUUCAUGUAUACUUUUUUGCUGAAUUAGUAAGAAGGUCUGUACAAGUCAAGAAUUUGUUGUAGAAAGCAUUUCACAAAGUUAUCAAGGUUCUCCAAACGAAGCAAGUCUCAAAACUUAGUUGGAUUUUUUUUAACUGAGUCUGGUGACGACUGCUCGUGUUCAGGGUUUCCACACAUUUUCAUGGUCAUUACUAUUUUUAAUGAUUUUUGAUAAAAUGUCAUUCACAACCUAUAAGUACACGCACAGAUCUGUAUUGCACAUGUCUGUGUACACUUUGCUUCAAAUGUCAAUUAUUGUAUGAAAAUUAAACAGUAGCAUUUUUCAAUCUCUAA